GGCAACACAUUGUGCUUUUGGUCCGAGAAGAAUUAAAAACAAAUACAAAAACAGUUCAUCUAUUGAAUUACAUUAGCCGCCUAUACAGGCUAAGUACACCCUAUCUUAAAAAUUAAAAUGAGCUCGCGAAACCGAGGCAAGCCUAGACGGGGUGGUGGCGCAUCAGGUGGUUCCUACCGUAAUGUCAAAUCAAAACACAAUUGCGAACGUAGCUUUGCCGAGCAGGCCAAUGAGCUGGCUGAAUCAGAUGACAGCGACAGUUCUGGUUCCACUUCAUCCGGUGAUGAGAGUGGAGGACAGAGUUUGGGAAAGCCUCCGCACUUUGCUGUAGCUAUGUGGGAUCUAAAUCACUGUGAUCCCAAAAAGUGUUCAGGGCGUAAACUGGCACGCUUGGGACUUAUAGAAAACUUGCGCUUGGGUCAAAAGUUUGCCGGCCUAGUACUGUCGCCAGUAGGACAGCUAUGUGUGAGUCCCAAGGAUCGCGAUAUAGUCACAUCAGCAGGUGUGGCAGUUAUAGACUGCUCCUGGGCAAAACUUGAUGAGACGCCAUUUAAUAGAAUGCGUAGCCCACACCCAAGACUAUUGCCAUUCCUAGUGGCUGCGAAUCCCAUCAACUAUGGCAAGCCCUGCAAGCUGAGCUGCGUGGAAGCCAUAGCGGCUACCCUGUACAUAUGUGGCCUAACAGAGGAGGCACGUUGGUUUAUGGGGAAAUUCUCCUGGGGUCAUGCCUUCAUAGAGCUGAACGAGAAGCUGCUUAAUGCGUAUGCAGCGUGCCAAAGCAGCGAGGAGAUAGUAAAAGCGCAAAAUGAAUACUUGGAGACAGAACAAAAGGAACGAGAUAAGCCCAGAGAUCUCAAAGAGUUUUACCCAACUAGCAGUAGCAGUAGUAGUAGUAGUGAUGAAAGUGAAUCAGGGCAAAAAUAACGUUUAUUCAGUUUAUA